AUGAGUAUCACGAGAAGAAGAUUAUUCGGAAGAAGAAAAUCCUUUCGUCGUGCCCACAACUUGUCGAUUCAGAAGAAAUCUUCUACUACUGCACCAUCAUUAUGUACUCUCCAAUUUCUAAUCAUGACAGCUCCGAGAGAAAAUUUAAAACGACUCGGUCAUUCUCCUUUCAUGUAUCUCAAUAGAACCAUGAAGGGUAUUUUAGAUUUGGAAACUGUAUUCUUCAAGCCCUGUAUCACCUUGUUGAACGUGAAAGGAAAGAAAUUUAGGAAGGAAUUGGAAUCUCUAUAUUCUUUUGAAAAGAGAAAUGAAAAUUCCGAACGUAUGAUAACCAUUGUAGAUCUUGAUGAGAAAUCUCAACGUGAUCUUGUGUUUACUAGUGUGUUAUUACCUCUGAAAAAGAAACAACAUUUAAAUGAUUUUUAUUCGAUUUUUAAUCAAAUCAAAUUUAACUAUUUGGAUCAAUUAGUCAUGAUCAUGGAAGAUGAUUUUGUCAUGUGCCCUCAAGCAACACAGCAUCUUGUUUAUAUUAUUCAUGAAAUGGAUCGGCGAAAAUGGAGCGGAGUUCGGGUUUCCUUUGGCUUAAAUGGUAUCAUGAUGAACGGAAAUGAUCUCUAUGCCAUGGUUGAAUUUUUAAGGCAACACACUGGACGAGCAACUCCUGUCGAUUGGUUGCUGGAAGAGUUUUGGAAUCAAUUCGAUGAGAUGGGGAUGAAUUAUUUUGGAAAAUCGAAUCGAACGUUUUACACGUAUCGUUUACAAUUAAUGGAACACAUUGGAGUGGAAUCAUCAUUGGGUCAUGUACGUCAUAAUGAUUUGGAUUUUCCCAAGUGUUAUGAAGCUCAAAUUGCUGCCAAGUUAAUGUUUCAUUUCAAUAUGGAUCAGUGUUCACACUCCAUGUUUUCUCCAUGUGAUGAGGUGGAGCUUGAAUUAAAUUCUGAAUCGCGUACUGAGAUGAGGAAUACACACGGGAAAUCCUCAAUCGAUCAACCAUCACGACCACGACUAAGCAGCAACAACAACAACAAGUUGUUUCUCUCACUCGCUCAUGAUCAAUUCCAUGAAACCCAAGCUUUCACGCCCUCUGCAACCUUCUCACUUGCUCAUUUCAAAUCCAAUGUUCAAGCCAUUUUCUGUCAAGAAGGAGAAUCCUGUGAGCAUUGUUGUCUUCGUCAUGGAAAGAAAUGUGAUGGUACCUAUUUUCCUUACAUUAAUCACUGCUCUGAAUUGAGAAAGUACAAACCCAAUUGUAAUUGUCAACGAGAAAAGUAUUUAAUCUCACGUGCACCAUACAUUACGAGAAAUGUUUGUUUCAUUGGUACACGACCAAGUCGAUUUGAUUGCACGACAAGCAAAUUCAUGAGUUCAAGAUUGUGUCCAUGCACUUGA